UGCAACCAAUACCAGAACGUUUUUUAUUUAUGAACUUGUUUUAAGGCGAAUUACCGUGGAUAUCACAGGCACUGGGCAUCAUGGGCGACGUGGACAAGUGGAUAGAGAUCGUGAAGGAGUGCAAGUACCUGCCGGAGAACGAGCUGAAGAAGCUCUGCGAUAUGGUGUGCGACAUCCUCCUGGAGGAGACGAACAUCCUGCCCGUGAGCACGCCCGUCACCGUUUGCGGUGACAUCCAUGGUCAGUUCUACGACCUGGAGCAGCUGUUCCGCACUGGCGGCCAAGUGCCGGACACCAACUACAUAUUCAUGGGCGACUUCGUGGACAGGGGCCACUACUCGCUGGAGACAUUCACUAGACUGCUCACCCUGAAGGCGCGCUAUCCCAGCCGAAUCACGCUGCUGCGGGGCAACCACGAGACGCGACAGAUCACCAAGGUGUACGGAUUCUUUGACGAAUGCUUCAGCAAGUACGGCAAUGCCAAUGGAUGGAAGUACUGCUGCAAGGUCUUCGAUUUGCUCACAAUCGCUGCCAUCAUUGACGAGGAGGUGCUGUGCGUGCACGGCGGCCUGAGUCCCGAGAUUAUCACCCUGGACCAGAUACGGACGAUCGAGCGGAAUGGCGAGAUACCGUACAAGGGUGCCUUCUGCGAUCUGGUGUGGUCCGAUCCGGAGGACAUGGAGUACUGGGGCCAGAGUCCGCGCGGAGCCGGCUGGCUGUUUGGCCACAAUGUGACCAAGGACUUUAUGGCGAUCAAUAACCUGGACCUGAUAUGCCGAGCGCAUCAGCUGGUCAACGAGGGCAUCAAGUACAUGUUCGAGGGCAAACUGGUGACCGUGUGGUCGGCGCCAAACUAUUGCUAUCGCUGCGGCAACGUGGCCGCCAUUCUCAGCUUCGAAACGGCGCAGCAGCGGCAGACGAAGAUCUUCCUGGCGGUUCCGGAUGCGGAGCGUGUGAUACCCAAGCAGAACACAACGCCCUACUUCCUGUAAAACGUUGUGAUACGACGCAAUACCACAUACCACACCAUACCAUAUACCGAUCCAAUACGAUCCGCCCACUGUUCCGGCAUCGUGGCAAAUAAUCAUAUACGCUUGUGGAGAGCAGCGGAGAGCAGCCUUCGACUGGCUGAUCCAUUUGUCCACCCUUGAACGCCUUCAACAAAAAGCAUACAUACCAAGCAUACCAAAACACUCAGAGCAGAGACCAGAGAACAGAAAACAGAGCAACACACACCUGUAACUUGUAACUUGCGGCCCUUUCGUAUGGGAAGAACACAUAUCUAAUUCAUAAGAGCAGAGUUGAGAACCUUUUGUUAUUUGUUUCCGGCAAGUCAGCAUGUAAGACCAAAAAAAAAACAAAAAAAGAAGAAAGAAACACAAAAUUGAGAAGCAUAGAUUCGAUUUGUUUAAGAAGUAUAUAUACCAAUAUCCAAGUAUUGUAAUUAACGAUAAUGGAUGCUGAAACAGCUAGGCAUUUACAGAAGCAAGCCUCUAUAUAAUUCACUAUAUUUUGUAUUCCAAACCUAUUUAUUUCUGUGAACAACACACAUAAAUCAUAUAUUUUGUACAUUUUGUAUUAGUAAUGCUUUAAAGAAAAUAGGUGGCACAGCAAGAACUAUGAAUAACCCAAUUGUGUGAUCCCGAUCAAAACGAUAUGAUUAAAACAAAAAAGACAAUUUCAAA